AGAGGCAGUCUCUUUUACAAUCUGGUCAGUCAAACAAUGAACAACCUUUCCUCACAAGUGGAUGUUCAAAUGCAGCUCUUACUAGUUACAUUUUACGCAUUAUGGCACGACUGAGUUGGGCCUAAUGGAAUGAACAGUCUUUGAGUGAAGAGGAUGCUGAGCCAAACAGAACAGAACACAGAGUUAUGCACAUAUGCGUGUACAGGCUGCUUUUAUCCGUGAUGUCUGGAACAGAGAAUCACACAGACAGAGAGGAGGACUACAGGUUCCUCCACAGCAUGUUGAUGGAGAAGAAGCUUCACUUGCUCUUCAAGAUCCACGAGCGGCUGAAGUGUUUUGAGAAGCGAAGCCUUGUCCCUGUCCAGGAGCACGCAGCAAGUCUGGCCACGGAUUUGGUAAAGGAGCUGAUCGACCAAGGUUGGAGAGAUGAAGUCAAAGAGCUGGUUGCUCUCUUUUCCAAACCCUACGUUAAGAGUCUCCUGUCUGUCCAUGACGCUGUAGCGCACAGGGAAUUUGAGCCAACUCUGCCACCGGUACCUGAUGACGCACUGGAGGAGGAAGAUUCGGUCAAAAUUGUCAGUCUGGUCAAAACCAAAGAGCCCCUGGGGGCGACAAUCAAGAAGGACAAAGCAACUGGGGCUAUUGUCGUGGCGAGGAUCAUGAGAGGGGGUGCCGCGGAUAAAAGUGGCCUGAUCCAUGAAGGAGAUGAACUGAAAGAGGUGAACGGAGUCUCACUGGAGAACAGGAAGCCAAAAGAAAUCCUUCCGCUACUGAGUCGUUCCCGGGACAAUGUCACAUUCACGAUAAUUCCUGCAUCCUCCAACGAUGACGUGUCUUCAUAUAAGAAGAAGCUCUUUGUGCGGGCUAUUUUUGACUACGAUCCGAACGAGGAUCCUGCCAUCCCAUGUCAGGAUGCGGCAGUUUCCUUUAAGAGGGGAGACGUCCUCCAGAUUGUCAGCAUGGAGGAUGACACCUGGUGGCAGGCCCGUCACCUGAGGGACGGCAGCAGUCGGGCAGGUCUCGUCCCCUCACAGCUGCUACAAGAGAGGAGAUUUGCACUACAGCGUCCCAAAGGCCUGUUCAGACCUCGGCAAAUUAGACCACCAGAUGAAGAGGACGUCGUGGAGGACGUAGACUAUGGAGCUAUAACCGGGAUCCACAUUGCUGGCUUACGAAGGAGUUUUCGGCUCGGCAGAAAGAGCAGUUGGGCCAGAGAAGCAGCUCGGUCCAGGAGGUGGAGUGCCGGCGCACAUGGCCCGUUUCAUCCACCGACCUACAUCGAGGUGAUCCCGUAUCGCAAAGACCACAAAGACAGACGCCGCGUGGUUGCUCUGGUCGGACCCAGCGGCGUUGGCGUCAGUGAAAUGAAGAGGAGACUCCUGCUCUCCGACCCUGACCGCUAUGGCAUCACUGUGCCAUACACCACGCGUGAGAAGAGAAGGCAGGAGAGUGAAGGCACGGAUUAUCACUUUGUAUCAGUGAGCGUGUUUGAAGAGGACAUUCUGAACCACAGUUAUAUCGAAUAUGGACGAUACAAAGGCCAUUACUAUGGAACCAGUCUCGACUCUGUGCGGAAAGUGAUGGCUGAGGGAAAAGUGUGCCUCUUGGAUGUUCAUCCUAGUAAAAUAAGCCAUGUGUACACGUCUGAAUUCAAACCAUACGUGGUGUUUGUGAAACCUCCGCGCAUCGAGGAGCUACGUCUGACCAGACGCAGGGCUAAAUUUAUCUGCGGCGAAGAGGACGCGACACCAGCCCGGAUCUUUGCCGAGGAAGAUUUUGAGGACAUGAUUGACACGGCUGAAACGAUGGAGAACCAGUACGCUCACCUGUUUGACAAGGUGAUAGUAAACGGAGAUGUCGCCGUCGCCUUCAGGGAGUUAAAGGCAAACCUCGAGAAGAUGCAGGAGGCAGAGGUCCAAUGGAUUCCUGCACAGUGGGUCUGCUCCUCACCAACAACAGCACGGAGAAGUUGUGGUCAUUUGAGAGAUUGGAUUUGAAUUCAGCAAUAUAAAAAAAAAACAAUUGUUAUUGUUUAGUUCAGGAUAAAUUUGACUUAUAGCCCCUUUUCCAAGGGGAAAGACGUACCUACUCACAACUACAGGGACUUUUCAGAUUCCCGGGAACGCUGACUGGUGCAACACAUUUUGCAGAUGUUUAAGCAAGUGCGGCUGCAACCCAGCUUUACACACGAUCUUGAACAGAAGACGAAGAAAGAAAUCAAAAGGAGCAAAUACGACAAGUGAACAGAAGGUGAGGUCCAGGCUCUUUUGAGUGGAUUUGCUGAGGAGGUGGUUCAGCGGGACUUUGAAACGACCAAGAGUCAUUUUCCGGAACUAUGAAAAACCACACAGAUUACUGGGAAUUCUUUUCCCCAGGUACAGAAGUUCCCGGAAAUGUUGGUGAAAAAGGGGGCUUAUGAUGAUUUUAACCAAAGUACCCUCUGUAUUUCUUUAGUGUGUAAGAAAUGCAAAAAAUACAAAAAUCAAUUUCUAACUAGAAAACACUUAUGACAUGAAAUUGUUUUCAUAUUUGAAAUAUUCCUUUUUCCAUUUGUAAACACGUCCUGUGAUUACCACAGUUUUCCAGUGUCCCUCAGUGUGCAUCUAAUUAGGCAAACAGCAUCCCUCUCUCCCUCUCUGCUUCUCCUUCUCCUUCCAUCUGUCUCCGAGCCAGUUUUUCUGUUGGCAUUUGGCUGAAAUAACGUCGGCGAGCAGGCCGAAGAAGAAUAAAAAAAGAAAAAGGAAACUCUCCAGA